CGAGCCUCGAAUUCAAGCCCCGCCAGUCUCGAUUCCUUUCCCUCCGCAACUCGACACACACGCACUCCACCAUGGCCGCCGAACAGAGGAAGCUGCUCGAGCAGCUCAUGGGCGCGUCGUCGUCGUCGCGCGCCGCCCAGCUCUCCAUGACGGACCCGAAAGUCUGCCGGUCGUACCUCGCCGGCACCUGUCCGCACGACCUCUUCACCAACACCAAGCAGGACAUCGGCCCGUGUCCCAAGGUGCACUCCGAGGGCAUCAAGGCCGAGUACGAGGCGCUGGGCGACCGCGAGAAGCAAAAGUACGGCUUCGAGUACGACUACAUGCGCGACCUGCAAAAGUACAUUGACGAGUGCAACCGCCGCAUCGACGCUGCGCAGCGGAGGUUGGAGAAGACGCCUGACGAGAUUCGUCAAACCAAUGUUCUGCUCAAGGGCAUCUCCGAACUCUCCUCGUCCAUCAGCAACGGCCUCCUCGAAGUCGAGAUCCUCGGCUCCAUGUCCGAAGUCUCGCGCGCCCAGGACGAGCUCUUCCGCGUGCGCCAGGCCUCGCAGGCCAAGCUCGACCGCGAGAAGGAGCUCAAGGCCCUCUCCGACACGUCCGGUCCCUCGGGCCACCAGAAGCUGCAGGUCUGCGACGUCUGCGGCGCCUACCUCAGCCGGCUCGACAACGACCGCCGCCUCGCCGACCACUUCUACGGCAAGAUGCACCUGGGCUACGCGCAGAUGCGCAAGACAUACGAGGCCUUCCCCAAGGAGAUGAAGGGCCGCCCGCGCCCGGCCAUGGACGACGACGGCUCUGGCAUGGGAGGCCACCGCGGACCUAGAGGGCCCGGGGGGUACAGGGGCGGCAGAGGCGGCAGGGGAUAUCGCGGCGGGUGGUAAUUGCGAUUUCCCGCGCGAGGGCAUGGAAAGAAACUCUUGUCUGGUUCCGCAUCGGCAUUUUGGACGGCGUUAGGGCGCUUUUUGUAACACGCAAACUCUGGCAAUUCAGCGUGGUGAUCGGGAUGGAUGGCCAAACUUUGGGGGAAAUACCCUUUUUUUUCUUAAAAAAAACUAGACAGGCCCGAGAGGUCGGGUAGCAAUUAAAAGAAAGA